UGCUGUAAUGGCAAACCCUAAGAAACAUACAGAAGAAACCAUCUCUUCAACUGGAAAUUCUGAUGUUAAUACUUCGGAAGAUGAAUUUACUUUACUAGAUAAUGACUUAGAUGAAGCCUUUUAUGGAAUGAUAGAACAAGAAAGCAAGAUGCAGUCUCAUGCAGAUGCUCAGAAAUUUUUGACUAUGCAAAAAUCAAUUGACUGUAGUAAAAAAGUGAUAAAUAUAGAAGAUGAACAGAAGUUAGCAGGCACACCCUUAUUUGAUACAGAAGAAGGAGUGUUAGAACGGUCUAUGUUGUUUCCCACAUCAGUCAGCGCAAUUAACCCAGAACUUCUAGAGGAGCCACCUGCACUGGCAUUUUUAUACAAGGACCUCUAUGCAGAAGCCGUGGGAGAAAACGCAAAAGGUGAAAAUGAGCCUCCUUCUGAUGAAGAGAGUGGGAAUUCUGAUGCAUCUUUUCCUAGAAAUUCUGACACAGAUGAUGAAACUGGAAUAUAUUUUGAAAAAUACAUUCUUAAAGAUGAUAUUCCUUGCAACGCAGCUGAGUCUCAGAAAGAUCAAGUUUCAAAAGCUCAGUCUAUUAAUAAAGACCUGUCAGGCCAACUGAGGGUUUCAGGAGACAAACAUAAGGAUUUUUAUGAGGUAAUUGAAAAGGAGCAGCAAUCUGUUCAUAUUUUAUCUGAAGAAUCCACCAAAACCCAGGUCUUGUCUGAAGGAGAAAUUGUGGUGGGAGAGACAAUCCCGUUUAUUACUUAUAUUAAAGUAACAAUUUGUCAACCAACUCAGGCAGUUCCUUUUGGAAGCACGCUUAAUAUUUCAGAUGCAAGAAAUGAUCCCACUAGUCAACAAGAGGAAGAAAAUGCACCUGCAGCAACACACGAGGAAUUGUCAGAGCAAAUGAGUCAUGAAGAGUCCAGUCAAGUACUAGAUUCUGAGGUAAUUGCUAAUCAAAAAGAAGCAUCUGUGCAAGAUAAAUCAAAGACAGUAACUCCUCGAACAGAUGAGCGAAAAGAAGAACAUGAAAUAGCAAUAGUUAAUAAAAUGGAUAAUUACGUGCCUCAUGGAAGAACACCUGUUGAUGAAAGUGAAAGCAAUCAAUAUGUUCAUACUCCUCAGCAACCAGAGCAAUUAAUUUCAUAUUUAAAUAAUCACCUUCAACCCUUGACAAAAGAGGCAUAUGAUUUAGACCAUGAUCGUUUUGAAAGUGUGAACAAUGGGGAAAAAUAUCUAUUUGGUACAGAUGAGCAGACAAAUGAAAAAAGAGUCAGAGAAAAGAUUGCCAACAAUAUAGCAAAGCAUAACCUAGAAGUAGUUAAGACUGGCCUUCCAGAACCUGGAGUAAAGUUUGAUAAGGCCUCAGGUGAUUUAAACAUACAGCCUUUUAGACGUGAUUUCGAUAACCUUCCAUCAGAUUCAACAAGAGAGGAGCAGUGCUUGGAGACUGAUGAACAUCUUGCUGAGUCGAUGGAUUAUGAAGUGAUUACCCAAGAAGAACUUUUGCAAGAUGAAAUAUCCUCUGAAUUAGCACAUGAAGAUUUAUUGUUUGAAGACAGGGAAUCGUUUGACCAGAUUAGCUAUAGUUAUGAAUCUGUAAAUGAGGCAGAGCAAGAGACACCCAUUGAACAUGAGGAUUCAGGCUUUGUGGUGAUGAAUUCUGAAAAAUCAUCACUCGACAUAUCUGAAAGUGAGAGUCAACAAAAAGAAAUUAAGAAGGCCCACGUUGAUACUUAUUGCUGCCAGUGCAGGUGCCCAAUUUCUGCUAUUGACAAGCUUUUUGGGGAGCAUGAAGGCCAUGAUGUGACAACACUGGACACUGCUGUAACGGAUAUGAAGGAUCAAUUAGACGAAUUUCUAGGAGAGUUACAGCAAAGGUCAGUGAAGUUUGAGGAGUUGGUUAGUGAAAUAGAAUCCCUGUUUAAUUCUGUUGAGGAAAAUAGUAAAAAAAAUGAGCAGGUUUUAGAAGACCAAAAUGAAGAGAUCGUUAAGACAGUGAUAGCCCAGUAUGAUGAGAUGUCCCAGAACUUUGAGGAAGUGAAGAAAAUGAAAAUGGAAUACUUGUAUGACCAGAUGAUUAACUUUCAGCAAAGUAUUGUUGAGGCGAAGGAAACCUUAGAGACAACUGUAACGGAAACUGAAGAACUUGAUGAUGUUGUUUUCCUAAAUUUAUAUAAAGAAAUGAAUAAAAGGUUACUUUCGGCAAUGGAUAAAUCUCUCUCAUUAGAAAAAAUGCCCAGUGCAUUUUCACUUUUUGACCAUUAUGCAGACGCUUCAGUGAGAAGUGACCAGAAUACCUUAAAAUGUGUUGCUGUUCCACAGACUCCAAAAUUGCUACCUCAGGAACCAAACUCUGCUACAAGCACAUCAAUUGCAAUCUAUUGGACUGUGAGUGAAGGAGACAUCAUUGAUUGCUUCCAGGUGUAUUGCAUGGAGGAGCCUCAACCGAACAAAGCUCAAAGUGCCUUGGUGGAAGAAUACAGAGUUACAGUGAAGGAGAGUUACUGCAUUCUGGAAGACCUGGAGCCAGAUCGCUAUUAUGGUGUGUGGGUCAUGGCUGUGAACUAUACAGGAUGUAGCUUACCGAGUCGCAAAUCCACUUUCAGAACUGCACCCUCUACCCCCUUACUAAAGGCAGAAGACUGUACUGUGUGUUGGGACACUGCCAUCAUCCGAUGGAGCACAGCCAACUCAGAAGCAACAAAGUCUUUCACACUGGAGUACUGCAGACAGUACUCUCCUGAAGGAGAGGGUCUCAGAUCUUUUGCUGGAAUAAAAAAGCCUGAACUGCAAGUUAAUCUGCAGCCCAAUGUGAAUUAUUUCUUCUAUGUGAGAGCUGCCAACUCAUCUGGGACAAGUGAACAGAGUGAAGCCGCCCUCAUCUCAACGAAAGGAACUAGAUUUCAUGUGAUGAGUGACACAGCUCAUCCUGCUUUGCAAGUGUCGUCCGAUGGAACUGUGAUAUGCCUUCCUGAGAGAACUAAAUUCACUGGAAUUCCAUCUGUCCUGGGUGAGCUGCUGCCAGCUCGUGGUCUGCAUUACUGGGAAACCACUGUCACUGGCUGCAAAGGCUAUCGGAUUGGAAUCUGCUAUAACUCUACACCAGAAGGCAGCAUCCUGGGGCAGGAUGAUACUUCUUGGUGCAUAUGUUAUUGUUCUACACAAACAAGUUUCAUUUAUAAAUUCUUCCACCAUGGUGUAAUGAGUGAUGUUUACAUGACGGAGCAGCCAGCCAGGGUCGGCAUUCUGCUGGAUUAUAAUGCUGGGAGACUUUCAUUCUUCAAUGCAGAGAGAGGACUAGCUCUGUUCACCAUCAGGCACAGAUUUACUAAUGCUGCUCACCCUGCCUUUGUUCUGGAGAAAGCUGGCAUACUUAACCUGCACACAGGAAUGGAGCUGCCAGAGUUUGUGAAACACAGCUAAUCUCUUGCUUUCAAACUAUCCGGAAGACAAACCGUUAUAAUGUUUUGGGGGGUGGGGAGAAGGUAUCUAUUUUUCUCUUAGCAAAUGUUACCCACACCAUUCUCCCACACAUCAACACUAAUUGUAAUUAUACACAUAGCACUCUGUGCAUGGAGAGGAUAAUAGACUCCCUCCCACUUAGUAUGUAUCUUGUGGUAUAUAUUGAGUUAUUCUCUAAAGGGAAAAGGUGUAUAUUAGAACCGAGCAUUGGGACGGGGAAAGAUAAAUUCAUGAACAGGAACUGCAGUCUUCACUACGAUAGAAAACAAUUACAAUAUUAGCUGAAUUUUUUUACGUUUGAUGAUGAUCUUGUAUAUGAGAUGAGUGCUUCUCUCUUUGAGCUUUAGAAAUCUGCAUUUCUACAAAAAUAAAUGGGCAGAGAAAAUAAGAUCAAAGGGGCAACAUUUUCAAGCCAGCCCCAAACUAGCCUCCAACAUUGCUCACACACAUUUUGAAUCCAUAGACUCAACAUUUCCCAUCCGCAUUGUUCAGACAGUCACAGUUAUCUGAUUUGUGUGCACAAAUGCCACUUGUAAUGUGAAUAGAUGUUCAGCAAAAAUAUGCAUGUGCAAUUUUGGAGUCCAAAGUGUUGCCUGCGUUUCUGGUCCUAAAAUUACUGCCUGGACGGCUUAAAGGAUAGAUAGGGUCCUAUAGCCUCAGCCUUCCUGUGGAUUGUCCCUUUUUCAUCUGUGACAUAAUUGCUGUUGCCUUUGAUCUUACCUUACCCAGUUUCACAUUUAUAGAACUCCCCGUAGAUGAUCUCCUUGCCUCUGCUCUACUCUGUCUUUUUGUCCCAUUUGAGCUUUGUCUACACUAGCAUUGGACCCUAGUUAGAAAGCUGCAAUGCUUGGAGGCUAUUGUGAUGGGCUCGCUAGAAAUUGCUAGAUAAGAAGACAAAGAUGGUAUCGGAAUGUGAUUAAACAUUUGCCGGCAGAGCUAUAUUCUGGUAUGAACCCUGGCCAGUGUUAGUUAGAACUGUAUUUCAAAGCACUUUACAAAUCAGCGCUAUGGGCCCUUCUUCUCCUGGCCAGAUUCAUUGGUCGUGUUGCCAAUGAAGCCCUGUGAACCCCUGGUGUGUAUUGACCUUAAGAGAUGGCAGGCAAUGUGAUGCAUGCUGCCCAUCCUUGUGGUUCCCCACUGGGCUCACUUCUCAUCUCAGUUAAUCCCCGGUACCCUCUGAAGUAAGUGGGGUUUCACAUGUCUGAGAGGAGUUGCUGUUGAAAAUAGUUUUUUAAUUAAUUACAAUUUAGAUUUCUGCUUGUCAAGAUCACAGUUGGUGUCCAAUCUGCAGUCUAUUUUAUUUAUGUUUUAUUUUAGCAGCACCUAAAAGUGUACUAGAGGCAUCACAAAGCAAUAGUAAGACAUGCUCCAUGUCCCAUACGGUUUAUGCUCUGAUUUUGGUGCAGUGACAGGUGUUACAGAUACCCAGGGACGGACAAGGUGUGAAUGACAAGAUCACACAGUCAUUUAGUUUAAGCCUGUGCACAUCUUGAUGAGUCAAUUAAAAGUGCUUUUUUGCUUUUAAAAUUAUUCCUGGCUCACUGGGAGCAUCCUGGAAGGAGUGCAUGCUAAGGAGUCCUUUGAAUCGAGAGAGGGAUUCAGCUGGCUUGUUGGCUUGGGAGAGGGGAGAGUGUUCCAUGUGUGUGCAGGGGAUGGUGUGGAAAAGUAACACAAAGGGGGCACUGAAGGUGGUGAUAUUAUCAGAGCUGAAGGGGCCGGGGGAGGUGGAAAGCAGAAAAAUAGAAUAGAAGGGGAGAGGGUGAGAGGCUAGGUCAGAGGUGUAGGCUGUGUGCAUUCCUAGAGUGCCCAGAAAACCAAUGAUUUCGCUGGAGAUUUGAGUGUAGAAAUAAUACAGGGUUGAGCUUUUAAUAGCUAAAUUCAGAAAAUAUUUAUGAAAAUGAAACUAAAUCUGCAAAUCCCAGUUUUCCAGUUAUUUUAUCUGCAAUGUCCUCUACUACUUGUCAUCGCUGCAUCCUUGCAGGGCAGCUGUGUCCCGCGAGCCAAGGUUAGCUUCACUAAUCAGCAAUUCCAUGAUGUAUUGCAGGGUAGACAAAUCAGGGUUAAGGAGAGCAAGAAUGGCAAAGAAAACCAAAAACACUUUUUGUGACAAACUAGAAUCUUUCAGGCAAUAUUUACAAAUGACAAAACAAAGUCUUGUUUAUAACCAUUCAUUGUUGUGCAGGUAGCAUUAUAAUAGUCCUUCUAGAUCAAAGGCUUUUUCAAAAUGGUUCCAAUUAUACAAAUACAGGAUCUCUGUCUGUUUUGAAGGACUACCUGAUAGGCUUCCCAGAUGGACUGUACAAUUCCAGUUAUCCAUAUUCCCUUUAUCCAAAAAUCCUAGUUAUCCAAAUCCAGUGUGUCCCCCCAUGUAGUCCUGUAUUCAAAAUAGCACUUCCAUUUAGCUGAACACUUGGUUAUCCAAAAUGUUCAGAUGUCCCCCAGGCCAUUUAGCUAAAUGGGAGGGAACAGUAUUUUUAUAUUUACAUUUUUAAGCUUCAGUUUUGACCUUGGAUGCAUAGCACCAAAAAUGGAAUGUGUUUACAGGACUUACAAGUAAGCUGUGUCCAAAAUUUAGAUUUGACGAGGAUUUUGCCAUUUGCCUACUGCAAAAGCUAGACCUGUCAAACGUAAGAAGCGAUGGUUAUGGGUUGAUCCUAAGCAGUAUAUCGGUAUAUCUCUACGCUUUUGUUAUUUGCAUACUUCUGUCUGAAAACAGAAGAUCUGGAGCAUUUUUCAUUAGUAAUAUAUUCCAAAUAACUCUGGAAAUAUCUAAAACAGAUGAACUGGUCGGAUACAAAAUAAAUAUAGAGCUGUCUGCCCACCUGUGACUUUACACCUCUUCAAAGCAAAUUAGCGAAACAAAUGCAAAAUCCAGCAUGCAACACAUCAUAUGAAGCUGUGAUUCUCCCUGGUAGAUUUUGGGCCAGAGUCUGUUUCAGUUAAAUCCAUGUGCAUGAUAGCAGAAUUUAGCCCUCUGGAUUUAUAAAUUUAAGUAAGGGUUCUACUCAUCCACAUACAUGAUGAAAUCUCAAUUUAAUUGUCAUGAAUGGCAAAAUUCCCAUAGGCUUCAGUGUGGCCAGGAUUUCUCAAACAGUCUAUAUGUUUUCUGUGAAGUAUGUGGAUAAUCUUAAUUUAACCAAUAAUUCAAGAAUAAUGCAGUACAGAUUACUAAAAUAUGUGGACAAUGUCUAUUUAAUUGACCUUUUUCAAAAUACCAUGUGUGAGAGAAUGCAAUAGAACAUUGAAUGCUGGUAGGAAAAGGGUAAAUAUAUUUAAAUGGUGAAAAGCAUGUUGAUUAAAAACAAUUAGUUCUUGGGUUAUAUACAUUUUUGUUUGCAGCUGUCAGGAACUGUCUAUAAGAAAUGGGGAGCAAGUUAUAUAUAUUUGAUGUCCCCUCUGAUGUUGGAUACUUUUGUUUUUUGAGCUGUCAGUGUUUAUUUCUUGCAUAAUGCUAGUCUCAAUUACUAAUCUAGUCCACAUUAAUUAAUAUUGAAUGAACAAAGCUUGGAAGCUCAUCCUAACUUGGACAGCCAGAACAAAGCACAUGGUAAAUAAAAUGCAUUACCCAAGACUUGUAAGCAUACAUAUUGGUUAGAGUUUUACCAAAUUUACAAGAAGUACAGAUGUUGAAAUCCACAAUAUGAUCUGCCAAAACACAGCAGUACGCAGUGUAAACUCUGCUGCCCUUAAGAACCUAGAGAUGCAGUUACGGUGCUUUUUGUAUUUGCUUUUAUGACUACAGGGCAGAGAUGAGCUCCUAGAAUUUAUUUACCAGAAUGUGCUUCUGGUGUAAGUUCGAAUAUAAAAUAUAGUCACUCUUGCUUUUCGCUAUGCAGUGUAUUGAAUCAAGAUGUCGGGGCUUGUUACACCCAUUUUUCUGGCUACUGUGAUUAAUAGCUACCUAUACAAAAACAAGAUCCAAGUAAAUAUAUUGCUAAUGUUCUUGAGGAUGUUUUUGUUUAAUGAUGCAUUAUAGCUGUGUGAAUUAUUUUUUUAUGCAUAGGCUGCUAGCUCAGCUGGUAGUGGCUGAGACAUUUUUCCAAAUGCUAAUGAGUUUAUGCAAUAUGUGUACACAGUCUGUUCAUCAUUCCAUGCUUAUCAUUGCACAGGUGCACUUCAGAGUCAAGACAAUGCAACAGUAAGAAACUAAGGAUGCUCGAAAUACCCUGACGUGUGUUUUUAUCUUGAGGCAUGGGGAUUUGCACUUGCAGCUGUUAUUAGCAUUAAUUAAUAUUUAGCCUGAGCCAAAGCCCACUGAAUGCACUGGAAAGAGUCCCCUUAGCUUCACUGGGCUUGGAUUAGGUCCAAAAAUCCUUGUGCUUGGAGGUAAGAAUAUAUGCCUGACUAUAAGAGAUGAUCAUUAAUUUCUAUUGUCAAAAACAAGUGCUGAAUGGGACUCUCACUAGUAUAGAUAGUAUUGAUCCGCAAAUCUCACUUAGGCCUUUCUAUUCCAGAAAAAAACCUAAAUGCUUCAUUUCAAUGUCAGCUUGUAAUAGUAUAUAUCAAAUAGAACUUGCUUUUAUGAGUGCACUGCAGAGCAUAUGGGGGCGGGGGUGUCUAUGAGUAAUAAUUUCCUCUUCUGUUGCAGUCAGUACUUUUUUUUGAAGGGAAACAUCACUUACGUUUAAAUUUCUUUGUACUAAAGAUGGUCUAGAGAGACUUUAUUUUCGAAAUAAGUAAUGGAAGAAAGAAAAAAAAUUCACUAUGGAUUAUGUAUCAGAGGGGUAGCCGUGUUAGUCU